GAACAUAACCUCAAUUUUCGAAAGUGUUUCAAAUGUCAUGUGGUGCACGUGCUUUUUUGGAAUUAAAAAAUAAAUUAACGAUGGAUAAAACUGAAGUAACAUUUCAAGAUUUAAAACUAAAUCAAUGGCUAGCUGAUCAGUGUAAAACGAUAGGUGUCAAGAAACCUACACCUAUUCAAGCAAACUGCAUUCCUGAAAUAUUAUCCGGAAAGGAUUGUAUAGGUUGUGCAAAAACUGGCAGUGGAAAAACUCUUGCAUUUGCACUUCCAAUUUUACAAAAAUUAUGCGAAGAUCCCUAUGGAAUUUUUGCGCUUAUUUUAACACCUACAAGAGAAUUAGCUUUUCAGAUCGCGGAUCAAUUUGCAGUGAUUGGAAAGCCAAUUAAUUUGAGAAAAUGUGUUAUCGUCGGUGGAAUGGAUAUGGUUGUUCAGGGUCUGGAAUUAUCGAAACGACCUCAUAUUGUCGUUUCGACGCCAGGACGUCUAGCCGAUCAUUUGGAAAGUUGUGAUACAUUUUCCUUGCAGAAAGUAAAAUUUGUCGUUAUCGAUGAAGCUGACAGACUUCUCGGCGGUCACUUUGAUGAGCAACUGCAAACAAUUUUCAGUGCCUUACCAAAAAAGAGGCAGAAUCUUCUUUUUAGUGCCACCAUGACUGAUAGUCUUGAGAAAGUCAAGCAAAUGACAGCGAACGACGUUUUUUUGUUCGAGUCUCAAGACGAUGAUAGUAAAAUAGCAACCGUAAAGGAACUAAAACAACACUAUGUUCUUUGUCCCGUAAACGUGAGAGAUGCAUUUUUAGUCGAAGCCAUCAGAACUUAUAGAGAAACUUGUAAAAGUGGAUCCAUCAUGAUUUUUGCCGACACUUGCAAAAAUUGUCAGCUGCUCUCGAUGACUUUAAACGAAGUUGGAUUCGAAAAUGUUGCUCUGCAUGCAAUGAUAAAACAGAAAGAUCGACUUGAGGCCCUGCAUAAAUUCAAAGCAGAUCAAGUGAAAAUUUUAAUAGCCACUGACGUUGCAGCCAGAGGAUUGGACAUUCCCCUCGUGCAAUUGGUUUUAAAUCACACGAUUCCCAAUGUUCCCAAGGAAUAUGUUCAUCGAGUUGGUAGAACGGCAAGAGCCGGUCGCGACGGAAUGGCAAUUAGUUUAGUAACACCUCACGAUUUGAAAUUACUUCAGGCAAUUGAAGAAACGAUAGGAACAAAAUUAACAGAAUACGAAAUAGAUGAUAAGGAAAUCGUAACGAUCUUCACUCAGAUUUCGGUAACUAAACGAGAAGCGGAAAUGAAACUCGACGAAACCGAUUUCUUUGAAAAGAAAAUGAUAAAUAAGAGAAAAAAAUUAAUAAUGGCCGGAAUGGAUCCAGAUGAAGUGGAAGAAUUUCUUCAGAAUCGAUUCAAACCCAAGAAAUUUAAAAAGAAAAAAAUUGAUUCUGACAAUAAAGAAUUGGAAAAAUUUGUAAAAGCUAAAAAAAUUGUUCCUGACAAUAAAGAAGGGGAAAAAUUUGUAAAAGAUAGAAAAAUUGAAGAAAAAGAAGAAGAGGAAGAAAAAGAAGAAAAGAAACAACAAAGUAAUAUAAAAACGAAAAAAAAUACCUUAGGAACAAAUUUAACCGAAAAGAAUCGAAUCAAAGGCAAAUCCGUUAUUCCGAGGGAAAUGAAGAAAAAAAACAAUUUAAGAAAAAUUGAAAGUAAAUCUAUACUUUUAAAGAAGAAAUCAAGUAAAGGCAAAAAAGAUUCCGAUAUUAAAAAUUUACUUAAAAAACGAAAGAAGAAGUCUAGUUAGAAAAGAAACUAUUCUUAAAUUAUUGUAUAUAAAAAAUAAUUGAAAAUUUCUUUAAUAACGACAAUAAAUAACGAUAAACUUUUAUAAAUAUAAGGAUUUAUAUGAUUAUAAAUCAAUUAGUGUAA